UCAGGACAUAGCAGGAAAACACUUAAGCAAAAUGCCGGCCAGUUCAUGGACACGAGAACGGCACUCUUUUUCCGUCUGCCCUUACAUUCUUAUAUACUUGCUAAGCCAUGGCGAUCCAGCAACGCCAACAAACAGCGAGUAUUUACCUUACUUUCAAGGUAAUUCAACUCGUCAACCAGCUCCGUCGCCGCCUCAAGCCGCGCGUGCUAUCACCACAGACUAAUGAUGCUAUUCUUGGCUCGUCGCCAUGCCUCGGCCUAGAAACGAAGGCUCUCAAGAGCCUGGAGAGGGGGCUGUCGCGAAUUAGCGGCCUUCAACACAAGCAACUGUUCCAUCACUCCUCGAACAGAGUCUGCAAGAGUCGCAAGAACAUCAGGCCGUCACCGAAACCUCAGACUUCGGCAGGGAAAGAUCCGACGAACCAAAACCCCUCUCGCAAAGAGCUGCAACAUGUGCUUGAAUCUCUCGACGGAAACAUCAACAUCAACCCUCCGGACAAUGCAUUGAGCGCCAUCGCAGGAAACGACAAACUCUUUCUCAAACAAAACGACACACUCAACUUCGAGCCAUGUUCCUUGAAGGACAUCAUCAGUAACCUAGCCCUUGUCCACGAGGGUCUGCGAGUGCUCUAUACAGUGCGCUCUCAGUACGAUGACCAAUGGCUCAUUGCGCAGGGCCUCGAAAUCGGAUUAAGCAUCGACGAGGCCUUUAUUGCCAACUACGAGCAUUUGCUGCUGCGGCUGCAGACGCAGCUUGUUGACGUGUUGACGCGCAAGGUCAUCGAGGCUUUGAUCGAGGGCAACCACGACAAACGCCAACGUCGGCUGCUCAAUUGGUUCUUCGAGUACUCCGGCAACCGGCGGCCGCUUAGCACAACAUGGCCAUGGUCCAUCAAGCCGUCGCUGGCUGUGCUAUGGGGAGUGUGCUGGAUGUUUUACGACAACGCUGCUCCAAACGGCAGCUCUCGAGUCCCGCAAGCCCGGUUCCUGCAAGAUGAAUCGUUCCAAUGGCGAGCACCCCAGCCAAACCAAUCAGACUUCAACUACGGGCUGGAGCUCACUGGCACGCAGUCGGCUCCAGAAGCGCAACAGAAUGGGCUCGGGGAGGUCGGAUCCGAUGUGGGCGACCUGAGGCAUUUGUCAUACGGCGGUCCGCACGUGACUAGCCAGCACAGCCGCAGUGCUCGCAACCCCGGGACACGGCCCACCUAUGCUGAUCGUGUCCGGCAAUCUGGCCCAAUCCCCGUCGGCAUAGGCUCGACAGCCUUCCCAAGCCCCACCACUGCGGCCACAUAUAAUAAUUACGCGUCGGGUUCCCACGCGUCCGCCAGCAUACCAAGUCACGAUAAUAAUUUUUCGCCUCAGCAUCCAGGCAUUCCCCCAACCCAGCUCUUAGUGUUCCCGCAACUACAUGUGGACAGUACCAGCGAGUGGUCACAGUUUUAUGAUCCCGUCACCUCUCCUUUGCCACAACGCCACAGAAAUUCAAGUCAUCUGAACGUAAAUCCAGUCAUACAAGUCACCGCGGACGCCAGCGGCCAGGCACAGGAUAACGCAAGUUUUGCUCAGCCCCAUCCAGAUUUCAGUCCCUUCAUAUAUCAACGACCUGCUCCUCGGCAGCCUCAGGCUCAACAGUUAGAUCCGAGCACCAAUAUCACAGAAUUUGCAAAUUCUUCCUACACCAUGGGAAACUGCCCGCCAGACGCCUCGCCAAUCCACACCACUCAGGUUCUAAGACACGAGCGAACAGUCUCUAAUAAUUCUAAUUCGAAUAUGCCCACUCCCGUCAGCAUAGCGGCACCCCACUCCCCUCUAAGAUCACCUAUUGGCGAUCGAAGGCCAUCCAUCGGCAGCUCCAUCGGACACGCGCGGCAAGACUCUGAAGAACGUUCCUCGCAAGAUGGCGACGACAAUAAUGAUCUCUCGCCUCGGAGAAAUCAUGCCUACAAGCGGUCUGAGGAACCUCCAAGGAACCGAGAGGGUAAAAUGGUCUGCAAGCACAAGGAAUGCGCUGACUUGACAUUUGAUCGGAAAUGUGAAUGGAGCAAGCAUAUGGACAAGCACGACCGGCCAUACAAGUGCAUCGUCAGAGGCUGCGAAAAGCUACAAGGCUUUACCUACAGCGGCGGAUUGCUCCGUCACGAACGUGAAGUCCACAAGAUGCACGGCGGCACCAAGAAAUCUCUCUUCUGCCCCUUCCCAGAUUGUAAGCGCAGCUCGGGCUCCGGCUUUACGCGGAAAGAGAACCUAGCCGAGCACAUCCGCCGGGUACACCGCAGGACAAGUACGUCCUCUGAUCUGGGUAACUUGGUUAUCCCACGACCGGAGUCCCAGGAUGGAUCUGCCGAGGUGCAUCUUGCAGACUCUCCAUACCAACGCAUCAGCGAGCUUCCAGAAGACCUUCAUCUAGGUGCGAAGAGGAAACGUAUGGCAUCAGAUGCUGGAUUCUCGGACGAAGGCGACGAGCAUGAUUUGCGUGCGGAAGUCAAGAGGCUGAGGAAAGAGAACGAGGAGAAGAACGCAAGGCUCCGGCAACUAGAAGCUGCAGUCAUGGCUCUCCAGCAGAGCCGACGGUAACAAUCAAGAUAGAAUUCUGUAGUACACUA